AUGAAAGUAACAUGGCCGCCCUUAUUUGGCAAAAAACCCAAGGUUCAAGUCGAUGUUAGCCCAGCGACGAUCAACCCUCGCACAAGUAUGGACAACCCAGGACCAGAUCGGGUAGACGAAGUAAACCCAUGCUCAAAACACAUCCAAGAAAGGCUGUGCAAACUCGAGCAGUUAUUUGAGAGAUUCGUGUGUCGUAAAAAUGCCACCACAGCCGCAGUCAAUACUGCGCCGCGCAGUCCUACCCUCACUGCCUCAGGCUCUAGUGAGAAAGAAAGCAAACCGGAUAUGUCCGGAUACCGAAGUGACGCGUACAGCAUCUCCUCACUGGGCGACGGUAUUCUCGGAGCAUAUACAUGGACGUCAGCGCCUUCUAUCCGUACCUUGGUCGACAAACCGGAGACCAAAGGGCAGCCUGCAGGCUAUGACAGAAAUCAUCGAACACUGGCAGCCCUAUUGCCCUCACAACAUGAUGCAGAUAUCAUCUUCGAAUCGUCUAAUGGGUGGAUGAUCCUAGAAGGCAUCUACCGGGCUUCCAAGGAAAUCUAUGUUCACAAGGACUUGCAGUCGUAUGCUCUGGACAUGCAAGCCGUUGCACAAGAGCGAACCAUUAUCGUGGCGCGCACGCUUUUACAUUUGGCGAUUUGUAUCAACUCUCUCCCACCAGAGUUCGACUGUUCGCGACUCUCGAGCAUGUGGAAUUUGGACGCAACGAUGCAAAACUAUGUUUCAACGGUAACAUCGCUUGUAACUUCCUCAGAUGAACAGAUGAUGACGCUACAUGGACUCGAGACGAUGUUGCUCUUGGCUUUUUUUCACAUGAACAGUGCUUCACUGCGGCAGUCGUGGCUCGUUGUGCGCCGCGGUCUUAGCCUGGCCCACCUGAUGGGGUUCCAACGCAUUAUCGCGCAAGAGGAUCUUAACCCGGCAAUCCCGGCGGUCACGAAUGCUAAAUCGAUCUGGCGCUCCUUCGUCGACCUUGAUCGGUAUCUGGGACUACAUCUCCGCCUGCCGUUCGGCGCGGAUGACUAUCCAAUUGCGACAGAUGCCGAUGCACAUCUGAUCCAUCGAUCGAAACUCAAUUGCAUGACGAGACAAGUGGCAGAGCUUGAUCGCGAUGUCUCACCCCAAGCAUACUCAGCGGCGCUGGCACUGGACGAACAGCUGGAGUUAUGCAUGAAGGAGAUGCCCAAGGACUUUUGGGAGGUGCCGAACAUCCCGUCUACGGCAAGAUCACCAGAGUCAUUUGCUACGUUGGAACGACUGAUGGUGCAAGUCUGGCACUUUGAGAUGAAAAUAUUCAUCCACUUGCCUUAUCUACUCAGAGCACAUCUGGACAACCGAUAUGAUUACUCCAAGGUCACCGCGUUACAGGCCUGCCGGAACGUCUUGAUGAGAUGGUUUGCCCUUCGCAACUCAAAUAUCACACAAGCCUGCUGUCGUUUCGCCGAGAUCGGAGUGUUUAUUGCCGCCGUCACUCUCACACUCGACAUUGUCAUCGAGCUGGGCACAAAGGAAAAGAGCGAGGUGAAGAAGACCAAAGGAACAGAUUUUGCUAUGAUCUGCCGUCUUAUCGGCGAGAUGGAAAAGCUGGCCAGCGCAAGCCCACGCGAAAGAAUCGCGGCGCGCAGUGCUGUGGUGCUUAAGAAGAUCCUCUCGUCGCUAGACCCGAGCAAACAGCCCUUUGGCAAAGUACGCCAUACCAUACCGUUCUUCGGAACAGUGGAGUUGGAGUUUAUGAAGCUGCCCAUACGGCCAGUGUUCGACAUCGACUCUGACGCAGGGAAGCUGUUGAACGCCACUGCUACGGGGCAACAUCUUCCUGUGUUUUCGUUCAUCGACAACUCCUUGUGGCCGCCGGCUGACGACGAGUCGGAUCAAUGGGAUAUUGUCCUAUUUGACGGUCUUGAAGACCGCGAUACUCAGGGCAACUGGGGCGACUUCUGGGCCUGCACCACCCGCGAUGCCCCCAACCCGCCGACGACGCACACCGAGACGACAACGCGGAACGACGCCGUAAAUUCGGGGGCCGCCCUCAGUCUGUUCGAAUCAAUCAUCACCUCGUACCCGCCUGUCCUUGAAUCCUUCCUCGCCCAGAUCUCCACCGUCACCCUCCUCGAACUCUACCACACAUCACGUCAUUUGCGCCAGUUCCUGCAGAGGUAUCCGCUCGCGUGGAAGACGCUGUCCUUUCGAUUGCCUCAGCCCGCCGUUGCAGUGGGCUCGCCAGGCAAUGAGACGCCCGAGAACAGGGAACGCCAGUCCAAGGCCUACUCGUUCGACGCACUGCUGAAGCAGAUCAUAUCGCCGAAUGGCACACGAUUGACCAGCCUGGACCUCUGCAACACGGCCGUGACAGGAAUUGCGCUGGUCGGGAGCGUCCUUGCCCCGCGCAUCGACACCCUCCAGCAUCUGUCCGUACGAGGCUGCAAGAAUGUCUCCAUCAAGUACCACAUUGUCCCCUUCCUGGAGCCAUACACAUUAAAGGACGCGCCAUGGAUGCAGAGAGACCUCGCUCUGAAGAGCCUAUACACCUACCGUUGUCGUCACCACCGCCGGCGACCCUAUCUCCCCUCCUCCCUUAUUCGGAGAGACUCCGAUUCCGACCCCACACACCAGCUCAUCGAGAUCUGCCACCAAUUAGGAAUUUGGACAGAUACAGCAUGGUGUCCCACACCAGGCGGCAGGUGCAACCGGAGGAAGGACUACCACGCAGGAAGAGCAGGACCGCAGAACAUGGAAGUCUGGGUGCCCUUUGAUAGAUUAUGGCGAUCAAGCAACCGCAUCGGUCCUGUGGAAGGCACGACAAAGUUGGGCGAACACGACGGCAGACUAUGGGAGAUUGCUGAGACAGGAGAGGACGGCGAGCCGCUCGGCCCAGAGGGUGGGAACUCCGCAGGAGAAGGCAAGCAUGUCCCAGUACACGAGCGAAGGAGCCACACUGCGUUUGUUGAAGAGGUCAAAUGUGCGCAAUGUAAUGACACUAUUCUGGAGCGGUGCGAGUCGUGCAGUGUCCGCAUGCACUGCAUGGGUUGCCGGAAGACGCUUUGUGCAAGUUGCGCUUUCAACAGACCGAUACCGAGAAAACGCGUGAAGACACGGCAUUUCGCAAACCUGGCUUUCGGCAGCAGCAGCACAUUGGGCGGCACACUUGGACACGCAUCGGGGUCUUCUGCACCAUUGGAGGACAGGAGUCAAGAAGAGAAGGCUGACCAGAACCGCUUCUGGUGGGCCCCUGGCGCCACCCGAUCACCAAAUCUCAUGAAUGAGAGCGCACAGGACGACGACUCAUCUGAUUCCGAAGACGGCGGGAACAACGGAAUGCCAGUACCUCCAGCGAAUCGAGAGCCACCAAAACUAAACAUGCAUUGGUGUUGCCUGGAGCCUAUCUUCUCUGGUGGUGGCGGCAUUGCUGUGCUAGGCACCGGAUUAGGCGGCAGAGGCGCUGAUAAGAUACGCGCAGCACCAUUACCGCGGACGAAGGAGUUUGAAGAUCCGGACUUCAGCAACACGCUUCGGCCUGUUGACUACGUCCGCGAGUUGAAGAACAACGGCCUGUAUGAGUACGUGCUUGGGGAGGAUGUCGAUAUCCUGUCGUACUUGAAGCAGGACUCGCUUGAUUUGCAACAGCAAACAUGUCCGAGAGGUUUAUGCAACGACUGUUACCGAAGCUUCCGCUGGAAAGUGUCAUGUCGGGCAUGCAAGAACCCCAUUUGCAAAGAGCAUGAUUUCAGAGCGCUAAAGGUCCGCAAGUGUGGUUAUCGGGAUUUGCACACCGAGCGAGAGCACGUACGAUCGCACAACGAGCCGCCGCAGCGUCUUGUUAUACCAGAGUUCAAUCCAAACAGGGCCAGCACACCGGAUCCCGAACGCACACCUACAGCAUCGUCAUCCCAUGUAGAUUUCUACUCCACUGGUGACAAUGAAUCUGAAUCUUCCGAGACACCCAUGUCUCAGUCGCAGAUCAUGGUUGCUCCUCAGCACUCGUCAGUCGAUAUGUCGGCCACAACGUCCUUCAAUUCCAUCUCAAACCCCGAACCUUUCCAACUUGCAACCUCGCUCUCUUUUGUUCCUAUCAGCACCGGACGUCCACGCUCUUUCAGUGUAUCUGGCGUUCGCGGCCGACCCACUAGUGCUUGGUCGCCGAAUUCUCAACGUGUCCCGGUUAACCAUGCUAUCAUGAACCCGCUUCCAUUGCCCUGCAAUCCACGGCAUCCCGUGCAGUGGAGUGGUUGUGGUGCGUAUUUCUGUCAGUACCCAAGGCCUGCAGGAGACAACCGACCACAGUGUCCGGGAAUUCUGAAGGAAUGCUCGGAAUGUGCAGUUCUUGUCUGUGAUCAAUGCGCAUCCUCGAACCCAGCUUGCACAUGCACGUUCUGCACUGUCAACUAUCACUGUCCGACGUGCACACACAAGCCCAAUGUUCGCGCGAAGUGUCGGCUUGAGGCAGAGAUCAAACAGAAGAAAGAGGAACAGCUCCGUGCGAUAGCUAAACAGAGGAAAGACAAGGAAGAGCGCGGAAUGGCAGAUGAGUUGGCUGGAGCAAUGUUCGAGUUUUUCACAACAGUGUACGAUGAAAGCACCGGCAAUCCGACCAUGGACGGCUCCUCCGCAUCGUUCACGCACGACCUACCCAUUCCGAGCCCAGACUCUAUCACUGUAACAACAGAAUUUGGUGUCAUGGAAGAGCCUGCAAACUUGACGACGAUUAGUGCAUCUGGACCUUCACCCUACCACGCCGCUUAUGACCAUUCCGACGAUGAAGAAAACAACGUCGAGAUGACUGAAGACGUAAACGAGGAUGUCGAAGCACUUCAACAGGGGCUAGUUCAGAUGCACCUAACUCCCGUGCCCGGCAUGAGUGCUCACAUACUACAUCUGCCGGUAGAAGUCGAGCCUGAACACAUAAACGAUGAUAACGGAGAAGAGUCUGACGAGGUCAACGACACCGGUGCCGAGGCGGACAUAGAUACUGACGACCUUGACGCGGGCGCUGAAAGCACCUUUGUAGACGAGUCCGGUGAUGAUACUCUGGUUGGAGGUAUUCUUACACCCACAACCACAAUCACGGCAUGA